GAAAAGUGGAGAAAUGGACGUGAUCAUGUCGCGUGGACUAAACUAGUCCAAGAAAAGAGCUCGGCGGACAAAACGAUGGAGAGCGCAGCCGGCGGGGAGCUACGGCGGCACCGGUUCGUGCUCGUGCACGGCGUCUGCCACGGCGCGUGGAGCUGGUACAGGGUGGCCACGGCCCUGCGGUCCGCUGGUCACCGCGUCGACGCGCUCGACAUGGCCGCGUGCGGCGCCAGGCCCGGGCGCGCGGAGGAGGUGGGCUCGUUCGAGGAGUACAGCCGGCCGCUGCUGGACGCGCUGGCGGCGCUGCCGACGGGGGAGAAGGCGGUGCUGGUGGGCCACAUCUACGGCGGCCAGAGCCUGGCGCUGGCCAUGCAGGCGCACCCGGACAGGGCCGCCUUCGCCUCCGCCGCCAUGCCGGCCGCCGGGAAGCCCCUCAAGUUCGUCUCUGAACAGUUCGCGCAAGAAAGGGGCCCGGGUUUCUUCAUGGACAGCGUGAUCGAGACCACCUCCGGCGACGACCCGCAACGCCCUUGCAAGACGUUCCUGCUCGGGCCGGAGUACAUGGCGCAGCGGCUGUACCAGCUCAGCCCGCCCGAGGACCUGACGCUGGCGACGAUGCUGGUGAGGCCGUCGCGGCAGUUCGUGGACGACGCCGCGAUGAGCGGGGAGGGGGUACUGACGGCGGAGAGGUACGGCGCGGUGAGCCGCGUGUACGUGCUCGCCGAGGAGGACGCCUCGUGGUCGCCGGAGUUCCAGCUGCGGAUGGCGUCGUGGAACCCCGGCACGGAGGUGAGGGGGCUCCAGGGGGCCGAUCACAUGCCCAUGUUCUCCAAGCCCAGGGAGCUCUCGGACCUCCUCCUGGAGAUAGCCAACAAGUACACUUGAACCAGCAAACUUCAUGUUCAGU